GAGACCAUGGUCCAGGCAGCCAGGAGUUUUCCAGAAGACAUGAGCAGAAGGACAAACAGGGAGGGCAGGUGUCCAUAACCAGUGGGAACAAGGGCAGCAAGAGCAAUUUGGCAGUAGAAGAGGGACGCACAGCAGUUGAUAAUACACAGUGUGAGCUGAGUGACAAGGAUGACACGUGUUCAAUGGAACAAGCUUCAGCAGCGAGAGCUGGAGACCAUGGUCCAGGCAGCCAGGAGUUUUCCAGAAGACAUGAGCAGAAGGACAAACAGGGAGGGCAGGUGUCCAUAACCAGUGGGAACAAGGGCAGCAAGAGCAAUUUGGCAGUAGAAGAGGGACGCACAGCAGUUGAUAAUACACAGUGUGAGCUGAGUGACAAGGAUGACACGUGUUCAAUGGAACAAGCUUCAGCAGCGAGAGCUGGAGACCAUGGUCCAGGCAGCCAGGAGUUUUCCAGAAGACAUGAGCAGAAGGACAAACAGGGAGGGCAGGUGUCCAUAACCAGUGGGAACAAGGGCAGCAAGAGCAAUUUGGCAGUAGAAGAGGGACGCACAGCAGUUGAUAAUACACAGUGUGAGCUGAGUGACAAGGAUGACACGUGUUCAAUGGAACAAGCUUCAGCAGCGAGAGCUGGAGACCAUGGUCCAGGGGGAGCAUCAGCCACCAUAUGCAGUCAACCCAUAGCCAUCCAAGAUGGUAACAGAGAAUAUGGGCGAGAGCAGGAGGAACAAGCUUCAACAGGGAGAGCUGGAGACCAUGGUCCAAAGAAGGGUGCAAAUCCCAAGACAUAUUCAGGUCUGCAAAAUCAAGGCUCAACUUGCUACCUGAACACAGUACUGCAGAUACUCUUCAUGACAGAUGAAUGUAGAGAGGCUGUCAUGAGGUAA